AUGAAGCUCUGGGCUCUCCUACUCAUCAUGCUCACCUGUGAGGUCGUGAUGCUUCUGCCCGUGCUGGGAGGCCUCAAGCACAAACCUUUCUCUGAACUAAGAGAUAUUGACCAGUGCUGGGUACAGCCUCCAUCAUUAACAUAUUGUUUAAAAAGGUGCACUAAAGCAAAGGGAUGCUCCUUUCCAAAUCAUACAUGCUGCUGGACCUACUGUGGCGACAUCUGCUUGGACAAUGAGUGA